AUGAUGUUUUCUUCUCGGCUGUUACAUCUGCGGCGCACAGUGAGAGGGUUCCGGCAGGCGUCGGCACCACCGAGGGGAUUUCUUCGUGAUGAUCCACUAACACGGUGGUCCGAACGGCUUUUGAAUGGUUGGCCAAACCGGUGCCUUCACUCUCAUCUAUUCGUCGGCCUUGAAGGGUGUACGAGUGCGUUUAAUGCAAUGAACUCCAUUCGCACAUGCAUGCACUUUGGGACAACAUUUCCUCCCUUCUUUCUCUCACUAAAACGUGCCGAAGACAUUCGUUCCCUUCACCCUCGUUGCACGGCCGGGAAAACAAAUUCAGAGGACUUGACGAGGCCGGGUGCUACGUUGAGCCAAGUGGCCCGCUUUGGGGAAGAUUUAUUUUUGGAUGACCCAUCAUUUGGGCAAAUUCCACUUGUAGCGCUGGAGAAUUACACGAAUAGGUCGGAGAGUAUUCUUUCCUGCCGCCUUUCCUCCUCGGCACGUAUUGUAGUGGGCCAUGAGAACAAUGGAGUGAGCAGGAAAUACAUCGACAAGAUGGACGUGAGCGGCGGGAAAGGCUGUCGUGCGGAACGGGUCGUGUACGUCCCACAGUAUGGAACAAUCAGUUCACUUAACGUGGUGACUUCUAUGGGUAUCGCCCUCUUUUACGCCACGCUGGAUGCCCGCUACCCAUCGGCAAGAUCGUUAUUGCGUGAUACAGAGGACGGUAGGGAGAAUGGAAGCGGCCAUGAGUUGGAUGAACUUCAUGCGUAUCAGCGCUUCUUUCGUCAGCAGAUUCCCCGUACUGCCGCCGAAUGCAACUCCUCGCGUGUGGAUCAAAGACCCAUUCACCCUUUGUACUACAAAAAAGAUGCUACUGGCAUUCUUGAAAUGCAUCGUCAUCUUCGACAGCUAAUGCUGCGAGUUUGUUCCCACAGACGCUUUUCAUCAUCGCCUGGACGGUUUGGCUUGUUUGUGGUUUAUGAGAACGAGAGAGAUCAGCGCAGUUUUGCCGGCAUUGUUCGUAAUGCCAACGCCUUUCUUGUGGAUCAGGUGCUGUAUUUUGGGAGGAAAAAGAUUAAUGUCGUAGGAACGGUCGGAACGCAGCAUUACACUCCCCCUGUGUACUUGGGUCCUUUUGAUGUUGAAGACGGCAGCGAUGCCGAGACGUGGGCGACAAAGCUGCUUCAACGCGUCGAGCUGGAAAACGGUGGAAAUAUUUCCUGGUGGUUUCUUGACUGCGGACAUGCGUUUCUUUACAUGGAUUCUACGUCUGUCAAUGAGACAGCAAAGGAACCGGAAAAAAUGGAAACAAGGGAUUCCGUGGAGGCGUUGACUUGGUACAAUACACACCGCGCCGAUCCAGAUUUCACUCUUAGUCUAUGUGACACCGAAGAGAGAAUACGUGAGACGGCACAAGGCGGGGUAGUACUUCUUGUGCCACAGGAAGGAAUUUUGCCGACUUUUUGCUUACUGCAACGUUGCCAAAAGAUUUUGACUUUGUUGCCAUAUGCUGAAAACACGGAGGGCAGCGCGGGUUUGCCGGUUUCCGUGGCCGCAGGUGUUGCUCUUCAGCGCCUCAGCGCAGUGAUGCAUCCUCGGGUAUCGAUCUUUUAG